GAGUUCAUCAAAGACGAGUAAGGAGGGAGAGGAAGAGAGGAGUGAGGAAGAAAGUAGGGCACUGUUAUCUGGCCCCUUUUUUACCAAUCACCAGGCACAAGGCAGAGAAAGAGAAAGAAAGAGCCUGGGUGAGCCGAACAGAGGAGAGGACGUCGGCAGGGUUGUGAAGACGAGGAAUCAUCUGGACCUGAAGCCAAACUACGACCGGAGCAACUUUUGGCUGCAGCCUUUCGGGGUCACACACACGGCUGACACUGCGCGUACACACGGGCACGUGCACACACCUACAGGUCCACAGCUCAGCAGGCGCGCACGUCCAGCGGAAACAUGUUCGAGGAGCAGGCGACCAAGGUGAAGUUCACGUCUGUGGUGAUCGUGGUGGGCAUGUCGGCCAUGCUGGCGGCCGUGGUGACCGACCACUGGGCUGUCCUCAGCCCACGGGUGGAGAAGCUCAACGCCACCUGCGAAGCCGCCCACUUUGGCCUCUGGAGGCUCUGCAAGAAGAGCAUCUUCAUAGUGGAGGAGGACCCUCAGGGCAAAGGAUGUGGCCCCAUCAGCUUACCAGGAGCAAAAAACUGUUCCUACUUCAAACACUUCACAUCAGGCGAGGAAGCUGAAGUUUUUGAAGUGAAGACUCAGAAAGAGUACAACAUAUCAGCAGCAGCCAUCGCAAUCUUCAGUCUGUUUUUUAUGAUCCUGGGGACCCUGUGCGUCGUCUUCUCCUUUGGGAAGGGGCGGGACUACCUGCUACGGCCUGCUGGGAUGUUCUUCGCCUUUGCAGGCCUUUGCAUCAUCAUUUCCGUUGAGGUUAUGCGUCAGUCUGUCAAGCGAAUGAUCGACAGCGAUGAGACCAUCUGGAUUGAAUACCACUACUCCUGGUCUUUCACCUGUGCCUGUGCCUCCUUCACGUUGCUAAUCCUCAGUGGAGCUGCCCUGCUUCUUAUCUCCAUGCCCCACAUGCCUCGUAACCCCUGGGAAACCUGCAUGGAUGCAGAGCCUGACACCUUAGAUUAGCCAAAGGUGAUUCAGAAGGCACAUCUGUUUAAAAAUAUCAUACAAAUGUAAGUUGUUUGGAACACUUAGCCCUUCAACUAUCUGUCCAGUAAAUCGCAAGUUCAAAGGGUUAAAAAACUAUUUAAAUUAUGAAUCUGUUAAGCAAGAAAACAGCAACUUGUUCUGGUCUAAAAGAUGUCAGCUUAUGUUGCUACGUUCUAUUAUCUUGAUUAUUACUCAUAUACCUGAUUUGUCCCAUAUGAGGGCCACAUUUAAGUUUAAGAAAACAUCCUCAUGAUGAACAUUACAAAAGUUGUUCCGUAAAACUGCAGGAAACUUGGUUGGCUUCAGGAGCCUUUUCUAUUCUGUCAUUUUUAUACAGUCUAUUAUAGAUAAGAAUGAUCUUCUUUGGUGAGGGAUCUGGGAGUGUGUUGACUUAAAAAAUUCAAUUCAUAUACCUACAUAUUAUGGAUCAAACAUAGAAUAUCAGGAAGAUGUAUGUUGUGCCAUGCUGGCUUUGUUGCAUGUCUUGCCAGUAACAGCAUGAGAAAUUCUGACAAUUUAAAUGCUUUAGAGGGAUCGAGUAAGAAAUUCAAUCAUUUGUUAGAGUAUUUGUGAGGGAAUAAGCCCAGCCAGUGUUCUGGCAACAAAUUGAAUUUUCUAAUGUAUUCUCGAUGACUUCCAGAGAUGUCAAUCAUGUUUUUCCAUUUCUACAACAAUUCAGUGUUUCAACACUUGUCGGUUGCUCAGAAAUAGGUAAUAACUUUUAAAUUUGUUUAGUACCAGUACCAGUACAAUGAUGAAAAUGGCUCCCUUUCCCAAUCUUUGGGAAACAAGGCGCCCAAAAUAUGAUUAUCUUCCACAAAGUAAACUGCUAUUCUUGAAAGGCGACCUACAUUCACGUGGCUUUUUAAAGCAGCGGUCAGAGAAAGCUGAACAAACUUAACAGAGCACUCUGACCACAUUGGGAUGAAAUCUAUGCAAAGCCUAGAGUGUCAUGCCUACAGGAACGUGUGUAUAUUGAGACCUAGGGUACACCCUGGACAGGUCACCAGUCCAUCA